AUGCAACACAAAAUGCAUCCGAUCAUAAGCAAAAAAACCGGCGUAUCAUCAUCUGUCACCACGCAAACCCUGACCCUGACGGCCAUCUUUAUGCUAACGCUUAGCUAUGCUAACGGGUUUGCAACGUUACCGACGGAAUUGGAUCGACCGCAGCGCUGCCAGCUCGAGCGUACGUACAAAAUGGUUGGCUACAAUUGUGCGAAUUUAAAUCUGAAGGAGAUACCGCAAACGCUCAAGUCAAGUCUAGAGAUAUUCGAUCUGAGCUUCAAUCGGAUCCGUGAUUUAAAUGCUCAAUCCUUUGCCCGCUACACCUCGGUCAAGUAUCUGUAUCUGUUCGAGAAUAUGCUCCACAACAUUGACGAUGAUACGUUCAGCUUGCUGACGAACCUAGAGGCCAUCGAUCUUUCGUACAACGCACUAAAGAGUAUACCGCUCGAGCUGUUCCAGCUACCCGUCCUGCGCAAUCUGUACGUCAGCCACAAUGCACUGUACGAGCUGGACAGCUCACUGGCCCUGCUCGAAAAACCCAUCAAAGCUCCGCUGCAAGUGCUCGGCCUAGCCGACUGUCGCUUGCAGCGUUUGCCAGACUUUGGCGUCCUGCCCGACCUUUGGCAGCUAAACAUUUCGUCCAACCCGAUGAAAGAACUCACCCUGGGUCAGUUUUCGCCCAUGUGCAAUCUGAAAACGGUCGAUCUCAACAACACACAGGUUCCCAUCUGCGCUUGUCAGGUGCUUACGGCGGAACUCGUUCUACGGCGAACCAAAAUCAUGUAUCCACCACUAUACUGUAUACCGCUUACAUCGUCAGAGCAAAACCUCUGCCAAGCAGAAGCGGGACAGGAGAUCCAGCCGGAACAGGUGGCCGAUUUUCACCAGUGUAUGGAGAUCCAAAAAUCCCGCCAGCUCGACACGGAAGCCAAAUCGACGUGGACCAAAAUCGUUGGAGCGGUUGCCGGCUGUAUAUUACUGCUUGCCAUCGUACUCUUCUACCUGCAUCGAAGGAACGAGCGGAAGCUGAAGGCGAAGCUGAAACGAAACCAACAGAAAGCACCACUGAAGAACAUUAACCGUGUUAUGGUGCCACAGACGCCCGGUGCUCACGAAGAAGCGCCUACGGAAACUGCCGUGAAGUGUGAUAAACUGUUGAGCGAUUGUGAUUAGAGUGAAACGCA